AUGAAGUUAGUCUUCGAUAACUUCAUCUUCGCUUUAAAGGUCACUCUGAACUGGUGUCGAUAUUUUGGUAUCUUCAUUCCUGAUGAACUUACAGGGAGACGACAAAAAUUAUUAGUUCAGGCAUACUCUGUGUUCAUGUUCAUGUUAUUUAUUGGGUUCUUCAUCAUCACUCAAAUAAUAUUAUUUAUAUUAGUAUGGGGCGAUUUAAGCUUAAUGACUGACGUGGGACUCGUGCUAGGGACGAACCUAGCAUUGUCAGCCAAAAUUGCCGUGUUCUUUUUCAAACGAGAAGAACUCGCAAGUAUUCUUAAGAAAAAUGACGACACCCUAAGGUUUGAAACCAGAGAGGAAGGAAAGAAGAUUAUUUCCGAAAUCGAUCGAGAAACAAAUGCGUUCAUGAAAGUAUUUUUUUGUUUUGGAGUCGGUACUGUCAUUGCGUGGUUCUUAAGCACACCAAAAGGAGAAUUGCACAUCGCUACUUGGUAUCCAUGCGACACUAAGAGGUCACCAGCAUACGAAAUCAUUAUGAUUCACCAGCUGGCAAUAACAGCGGACUUAUUGAUGCUGUCCAUGAUCGCUGUUUGUCGCUGCAGAGUGAAGUUAGUGGGACUAUACUUGCAAACGAUCUGCGAUGAUUUGCCGUGUAAUGUCAAGAAUAAACUGACAUCAGAUGAAGAGGUAAUCGUCGCGAAACGUAUCCGCGAAUACGUCAUCGAGCACCAAGCUAUAUUAGACUGUAUUUCUGAACUGCAAAACCAUUUUUCGCCUGCAUUAUUAGUUCAACUUUUGACAUCAGUAGUGAUCAUUUGCGUAACUGCGUACCAGUUGGCUGUGGAAAAAUCUUCUGACUUGCUGCGAAAGUUCACCAUGGCUUCCUUUCUAUUUGGAAUGUCCACUGAAAUGUUCAUGUUCAGCUAUCAAGGGGGGCACCUGUCACAUGAUAGUAUGGAGGUGGCAACGGCAGCGUAUAGUUGUCCUUGGUACACGUUCCCCACAUCGCUCAAACGAUCACUGUUGGUGAUCAUGAUACGCGCCCAGCAGCCGGCUUUACUCACAGCUGGAGGCUUCACGACCCUCUCACUAGAAACUUUUGUUACAAUAAUGAAAGCAUCAUACCGUUUCUUCACCGUUCUUCAGGAAGCUACAGAUUGA